CUUGGUUUGUUUCUGCUGCGAGCUUCGCGUUUUGAACCCUGUGGUUAAUGUACUGAGGUCUUCGGUACGCGGUGUCGCCGGGGAGCCCUCGUCCUGCACGUCAGGAUCGUCUUCCUCCUCCCGAAGCCGCCUUCCUGCUCCCCAAGAUGCUCAAUGUCUCAGGCUGUGCAGACAAAUGGAACUCAGCCAUUAAGCAAAACAUGGGAACUGAGCUUAUACGAAUUACAACGAACACCUCAGGAGGCAAUAACAGAUGGCUUGGAAAUUGUGGUUUCACCUAGAAGUCUCCACAGCGAAUUAAUGUGCCCAAUUUGUUUGGAUAUGUUGAAGAACACUAUGACUACAAAGGAGUGUUUGCACCGUUUUUGUGCAGAUUGUAUUAUCACAGCCCUAAGAAGUGGCAACAAAGAAUGUCCUACCUGUCGGAAAAAACUAGUUUCCAAAAGAUCACUAAGGCCAGACCCAAACUUUGAUGCACUCAUCAGCAAAAUUUACCCUAGUCGUGAUGAGUAUGAAGCUCAUCAGGAGAGAGUAUUAGCCAGGAUCAACAAGCACAAUAAUCAGCAGGCACUCAGUCACAGCAUUGAAGAAGGUCUGAAGAUCCAGGCCAUGAACAGAUUACAGCGGGGCAAGAAACAACAGAUUGAAAAUGGUAGUGGAGCAGAAGAUAAUGGUGACAGUUCGCACUGUAGUAAUGCAUCCACACACAGCAAUCAGGAAGCAGGCCCUAGUAACAAACGGACCAAAACAUCUGAUGAUUCUGGGCUUGAACUUGAUAAUAACAAUGCAACAGUAGCAAUUGAUCCAGUAAUGGAUGGUGCUAGUGAAAUUGAGUUAGUAUUCAGGCCUCAUCCCACACUUAUGGAAAAAGAUGACAGUGCACAGACAAGAUACAUAAAGACUUCAGGUAAUGCCACUGUUGAUCACUUAUCGAAGUAUCUGGCUGUGAGGUUAGCUUUAGAAGAACUGCGAAGCAAAGGAGAAUCAAACCAGAUGAACCUUGAUACAGCCAGUGAGAAGCAGUAUACAAUUUAUAUAGCAACAGCCAGUGGCCAGUUCACUGUAUUAAAUGGCUCUUUUUCUUUGGAAUUGGUCAGUGAGAAAUACUGGAAAGUGAACAAACCCAUGGAACUUUAUUACGCCCCCACCAAGGAGCACAAAUGAGAUUUUAAAAAUCACUUCUGGACUGAACUUUUUUUAUAGCCUAAUUCUUUAAUAUUAAAGAUGUACCAUCAUUACUUUUAUGGACAGAUCUUGGAUAUGUUGUUCAGUUUCCUUUCUGAGCCAGACUCGUUUACACUAUUAGAUUUACUUCCCCUUAAUUUAAGAUUUACUUUUUGGAAGGGACUGCAGUUAUUCAAUACUUCUUCUUUCCUUUAAAAAAUAUAUCUAAGUUGUAUGCUUUUACAAAGUAUAGUUCCAUUUGGAGCACCCUUUGACCCAGGAAUUUUUCAUAGGUAUGCGUUCUUAAGUAAAGAUUGAAUUGGCUAUCAUUUUCCCUCUCCCAUCAAGUUUUCUAGGCCUAUGGAAUGUUAAAUACAGUAAUACGUAUUCCACCUUUUUUCCCCCCUGGAGUCUUAUAUAUUUAUAGUUUUCUAUACAAACUGUAGUAUCUUCAUGAAGACCAAGGCUCAAAUUUACUGUGCUUAAAAUCAAUUCUCAUAGGAUUAUAAUUUUCAUGGUAUUUUCUUCCAUAAUAUCUCAUUUACAAGGAGGUUCUUUAUGAACUUGGUGUCCAUUGUCAUGCAAUGUUAUUUUUUUCAUUUUUUUCCCUGUAAGUUUAGAAUUUCUGGUCAUGGGGAAGAGAAUCAAACAAAAUCUUAAGUUCUGUGGGAACGUGGUUCAUUAACAGAUUUUACUGAAGAAAGAAUUGGUAGUAAUAUGUAGUCCUCAAUUGUAUAUUUAAGAGUUCUUUUUUGUAUUUUACUGUCUUCAUUUCCUGUUACAUGUUUUUGAUGUUCUUUUCCUAUUAAAAUAUCAGAGAUACGGAGAUAUUUUGCACUUUAGCCUUGAUGAAAAGUACAAGAUAUGUUCAUUGCUUUCCUAAUUCAUUUCUUAUUGGUAGUAGUCACAAAAAUUUCAAGAAUUUUCAUGGCACAUACAACUCACAAUGGGAAACAGUUUGCUUGUUUGAAAAGUAUGCCUCACAUUUAGAGUUUGAUGCUCUGCUGAUUUACACUGUAUAGAACCAAGUUAAUGGAGUUCGAGCCUUUGUUUGAUAUGUACUGAAAGCUAAUUCUGUGGAAAAAUGUCAUCCAGUAGGGUAAAGUCAUCCUCCUUUUUGUUUUAUAUUGAGAGACAGUGUUGAAGUUUUGGACGCCAGAGCUGACAGGUCAGAAAUAAGAGGGACUUAUGUGUUAUUUUUCAUCCCUGUUGUGAUUCUGCAUAUGUCUCCCAAGUUUAUAUCACCACAGUAUUUACGCAAACAUGUUUGCAUUGAGAAACUGACCCCAAAGGAUUUUGAUAGGAAGGAGUUAGACCUCGUAUAUCAUUGUAAGUAAAGUCUGUCUAUUUAUUGUAAAUAUUUACAAUUGACAGAUUGGGGCCAGUGUGAUGUUUUAAAUCUUAAAGCAAGUAUGAAAACUUAAAGGCUUCAAUUUUCUACCAUUUUAUUGAAAAUAUUUAAAAUCUGUUUUUACAGGGUUUUUUUUGGUAAUUUGUGCCAUGAAAUUUGAAAACUACCAAAAAUUAAGAGUACUUUUAUAUUCAAUUUCUUUUCUGGUAUAGUGUUAAACUGCAUAGAUUAUUAAUGCAUGUCCAUUGAAUAUAACCCUGGUUUUGUGGUAAAACUGUUUAGAUUUUAUUAGUGACAUUAGAUUAGUGAUUGCAUUAAAUAACUAAAUUCCCAUUGUGGUUAUUAAUUGAAAUUUUGUCUUUAAGCAGAAAGUUAUUUGUGAAUAUAAGCUUCGUGCUUAGAGAAUGUAUGUGUUUUUAUCUGUCAGUAUGGGAGGACAUAAACUGUGUGCAUCAUUA